UGCAUCGCGCGUCGACGUAUUGCGUUGCGCGUAUCACCCAACAAAUCGUUUAUUUAUAAAUCGAACGAUGAUUACGAACGAAUGAUACAAAUUGUGCUUGCUCGGAUAAAACAUUUGAAAAUUGAACAUAGGAAUGGGAUUUGACAAUAUCGGUUAUUACGUAACCGUAUUCUGGAUUAUACUUAUGGAAUAUCGAUUCUAGCCAGUGCGAAACUCGAUUUAUAGGGCGAUUUGAAGUCACUAUGUCUAGGUCACGAUUCGCAAUGGGAUAAACUUGUAGCUUUGUUUAUCUUAUCGUACGGUGCAAUUAUUUGUUGUGAUUCUACGUCAAUCGAAUCAAAUGUGAAUGAAUUUUAAAUUAGUGAUAGUUGUAUCGAAUACGUAAGAAUAGUGUUUACGUGUGUAGGUCUAUUGUUUUCAGUAGUGUCUUGUAGGUGUAGUGUUGUUAAGGAAGUGAUAAGUGUAGAUUCUACGUAACACUUAACCGUGUGAAUUUUGUAUUUGUUGAGUUUCUCUUAGUGAUUGGAAAAAGUUUAUGAGAAAAUGUUCGGCGUUCUCAUGAAACGGUGGAAACCAAAAAGAACAUCAAACAACGAGAAAGAUGAAAGCCCUUGCACAGAUGGCAACGUGUCUCCGGAACCGCCCGACCGUCCUCCUGGGAAGGUCCGCCAAAUACACCCCGAAGAAAAAACUCAAGUGCUCGCUUACGACUCCUCUUACCGCAGAAAGUCUAAACCGAGUUCAUUGCCUCUAGAGGAAAAUCAUUACAAUCAUUUGGUGAAUACAAACGUUGCGAUGACACCUCUUUAUCCAUUGACACCAAACAUUUGUGUGGAAGGUGGUAAAAUUGAGUUUAUCAAGUCGCCGCCGAGCAGUGCUAGAAACAGCUUGGCGAUGGUGUCGCCCCCACAAACGCCGCUUUUGGCGCGAAGAGGUUCGCGUGACAAGCGUGAUGCUCGGAUUUAUGACGAGCACACUGAGAAGUUCGACGGUGAUAAGGAGCUUCUAGAAAAGCGAAUAAAGCAGCUUGAAGCGCAGUUAGAAGAAGAGAAGAGAAGGACGCAGAGGGAGAAAAUGGCGGUCACAAAGCUACAGAACAAACUUAUUAAGCGCGAGGGUGCGGCUCGCAGCGAUGCGGAGCGCGAGAGGCGCGCGCGCGGCGACUGGGAGGCGCGGGCGCGCGCCGCUGAGGCCGACGCAGCGCGGCUCGCUGGCAAGCUGCAUGCUGCACAACGAGAGAUCGCCAGGAUGGAGGAGACCGUGCGAUCGCUGUUGCAGUACAAGACUCGUGUGGAGACUUUGAAGCAAGAGAAGGCUUCACUCUCUUCAGCCCUGGAGGCGUCGGCGACCCACUACCAAAGUCAGCUGUCCGCGCUGACGGCUGAAAACGAGCGACUCCGCGGGCAACUGUCAGCACUCUCCGCCGGGCUGGGGGGUGACCACGAGCGCAGGCUGGACGACGUGGCACAGCAGGUCGUCAGGGCUUUGCUUUCACAAAAGAGCGUCCGCGAGGAGUUGGGAUGUGCUCGUGCGAGGGUCCGGGAGUUGGAGGCGCAGAACCGGGCGCUGAGUGCUCUCCUCGUGAGGCAACUACGACCGCAGCCCAGGCCUUCUCCGGCCACGCCACACACGCCUGCAACACCUCAUACACCGAGAGAUUUACAAGUGCACCUGGUGGACGUCGGCUCCUGCGGUUCUUUAGUCUCGUUUCGGGAUUCCCCGCCGCCCGCGCCCCCUGUCCCACACCCGCACCCCCUCAGCCAGGACGAUAAGAGGAGGCACCAGAUACUCACUGAUAUCUGGACAGAACUCAAAGGUUUGGAAGUUACUCCAGCUAACCUAGCCCGUGCCCUAUCAGCAGUCGAUCCAACACUUUGGGCAGCGCCUGCAAGACCAGCCACUCUCAGCCUCAACAUGCCUCAGCCUUGCACCAACCCUGUUCGCGGUACUGAUGAAGAAAAAGUGAUUGAAGAAGAAAGCGGAGAGCAAGGUGAAGCGGGCGCAGAAUCUCCAGAAAGCGGCGCAAAAGAUGAAGGCUACUCCACAAUGUCUAGCGAUGUUCAAGCAGACGCUUCGAGGCAAAGCGAUCAUGCUGCCGAUCGAGCCUUGCCAGACUUAAAUGAAGCUUCGGACGAAACUGACAAUCAAACUAUUGUAUCUAUCAAUCCUAGAGAAUCUCGUCGUCAUGCGAGACUAAUGGCAGAAGCUGAUUACAUUUAUUUUCCAAUUGGCAUCGCAUUUGCUGGUGUCAGAGGAAGCUAUCCACCAUCACGACCCGUUCUACCAUUUCAACACGUCGUGCGUAGUUUUUCCGAUUCUCAUCUCUGCCUAAAACUGUUGACUGGUACGACCUGUCCUUCAAGCUGUUUAGAUAGUCCUACUCCCAGUUCUGGGGUUUUAGUAUUAGAUCUCAAACCUGCACCCGAGCGACCGUUAAGAAGACCCGCAAUAGCUUCCACUACAAGUUCUGAAAGAGUCUCAUGGGGAAGCACUGUAGAUGAAAGAGCUGAAGGUUCUCAAUACGAUGCAGAUUAUGUUCAACAUUGGCUUGAACUUGACGAUGCUCGAUCAGCCUUACAACAAAGACAUCGAGAUUUAGCUGAUUUAGAAUAUGACAGAGCAGAACUCGAAGACUGGAGCUUAUCACUAUCAUGUGAAGAUCUUAGAGAUAGACAAUCACCAUUUGCUGAAAUAGCUACGCCAGGGCAAAUAUCAUUAUCGACGUUGCCAAGUAUUAGAGAAGAUGAUGCUUUAGAAUUAGAAGAAGACGUUGGUGAUUGUCUUUGGAAUGAUUGUGGGUUUGCAACUGUGGAAAUUGAUGAAUGUAGAAUAGACGACCCAAAUACCUCUGAUAAAAGAUGGGAAUGUUCCGGAACACAUUCCCCUGGUGGCUCUUGGUCCAGUACUCAGUCUGAUGUUCCAGACAAAAGGUCUAGUACUGCAUUGAGUGAAGAUGGUGAUUGUGCAAAUAUAGGCGUUGAUUUUACACGUGAUUUUUAUCGACUUGUUAAAUAUGAAAGUACUAAAAGUUUAGCAUCAAACUCGUCCAGAGGUAUACCUGCACCAGAUCUCAUGCCCGGAAAUAAUUUAAGAGUUCAUGAUGUACAAGCCAUGGCUUUACAAGAUCGUGAGCAUGCACUUCAAAAUGUGCUUCAUUUUAUAGCAGAACAGCAAAAGUACUGCCGUGAUAGAGAAGAAUCCGAUUCAAUGUCUUCACGACCAGUAUCUGAGAUACGUGAGUUACCUCCUCCUUAUGCAGCUGCUGAUUUUGAUGAUGAUUCUGUAGGACCGCGUAGCGAAGUUUCAGAAGACCGACUUAGACCAGACUCGUUUAGUAGUUUUUCUGAAAAUGAUUCUUGUGAUGUUGUCUCAAUCGACAGACUUAAACAUAUUCAUUGUGAUACAGUUUCCGAUCCAAGGUCUACGCCAAGAUUUAUAGAACGUGAAGAUCCAUACGCAGAAUCAGGUGAUUAUUUCGACGACAUGUUGCGAAUCGAAAAUACUGAAAAUGAAAUUGAUGAGCAUCAUCUUUUGAAAGUGCAAAGGAAAAACGAGAUAAACAAAAGUAUUGACAUAAGUAUUUCCGCCGACGAAGAUCAUUCAGCACCUCAGUUAAAAGAUGAAAGUGAAAUUGAUUCUAGUCGGAAUAUAGAACACAAUUCUGCGCUAAAAGAAAACACUGUUAAUAUAAUGUUAAAUAAACAGGGGACGAUAAUCGAAAGGGUAGAAAUAGAGACUGCUUUAACUAAAUCGACAAGUUUAACGUUCCCAACUACGGAAACGGAAAUGUCUCUUGUUGAUGAAGUUCUGAGUGCAUGCAGAAGAAGUACGGUGGCUUUAGUUACUGUUCCUGAAGAGGAGGAAAAUUCUUCACCUGAAACAAGUUCUCCUCAAAUGACUGAAUCGAACACAACAAGUACUUCUACAGCUGAAACUGUGAUAGUAAGUAAUAAGAACGAAACGGCUCAAAAAGAAAUUAGGCCUAAAAGUGAAAAAAGUCGAAUACCAACUUUGAUGGGUGGAAAAAGACCCCCGUCUUCGCCUAAUAAAAUUAGAUCGAAAAUACCUGUGGCAGGGAAAUUGCGUCCGGAAACCACUCAGCCUGUUCCAGAGCCAAUCAUAGUUAAACAAGAUCAGACACUAAGUUUUCAUGAAGCUGCCACAUCUAAAGAUGUCAUCGAAGAACUGAACAGGAUGAUCCGUCAAAACGAUGCCACGACGACGGGCUCAGAAGUCAGAACAGAAGAUCGAAAAGAAAAAUCGCUCGCUCAUAAAGACAACGCGUUGUGGGCUCCCACUGGAUGGGUGCAUGUUGAAAAGGACAUUGAUUUCAGUGAUCCCAAGGCUCGUGCGAACCUCUUAGACGUAAUGUUGGCAUCGAGCGAUUCGUCGCCGUCAUCGUGCGGGUCUUCCCCGGCCGAGCCUCCGCCCCCCUACUCCCGGCUCCACCGGCUGCACCGCUCCAGGAGACAGAAAACCGCGGCGGCGCUGCGCAGCCGCGGGCUCGGCGUGCUGCGAUUCCCGCGCACGCGCCGCCCCUCCAUCCUCGGCCGCGACGGAUUCUUCGUCCGCUACGGCGACCGCGAGCGCGCCGCAGUCGCCACCUUCGACUUCCUAGACGAACUCUCCUCACCGGACACCAAAGACUGUACCUAAAUUAGCAAUAAACGCGUCCCAAAUAUUAUAUUUUUCUAUGUCGCUCGUUUGUGAUAGUUUAUGGUGAGCGACAGUGACGGACGGAGUUGUCUCGCUUUCGCGCCUGUAGUAAGACUGCUGCGAAUUAUCCUUGUUUUAGCUUUACAAAGAGCAUGGAAUCGAUGAGUCGGGUAAGAACAUAUGUAUUUCCAUUGCGAUAGCUGGAAAUCUCAUAAUUAUAUUAGCGUUUUUAUAUAACAAUGCUCGUGCGAUGAAGUGUUUGUACUGCCGGUUUAUUUGGAAUUCGCAGGGCAGUCUUACAGUAAAUUUGUGAGCCAAAUAGUUUAAGUGUAGCGUUAUCUGUGGCUCCACGAUCCGCAGGGCUGCAGCUUUAGAUAUCUUUCAGGCUUCUUAUGGUACUUUACAAAUUUAUCUCGUGUAGAUGUUGUAGUCCUUUCUCACUUUCGACUAAUAGAACUACGACGAAGCACAUAGGAUAGUUAUUUUAUAUACUUCCUAGAUUUUCUUUAGUAGGUGUGGGAGGAAGUGACUUUAACACAAAUGGCACUGAUGCGUUUUGUAAGAGUUAAGAAUAAAUGCAAUCAAAGCAACUGUGAAAUGUGAAAAACAAAUCUAAGCGGUUUAAGCUUGUUACAAUGCUUCCUACAAGCAAAACAGCUUUCUAAAACAAUAGUAAUAUGGUUGAUGAUUACUUCCUGCGAUGUCUAGCUUGCGCUUCGAACCAAAACCGACAACUUUAGGUAAGAAGACGAAAUAACUAAUGACUAAGUAAUUGAAAGCUGCGGCCUCGAAGUAAUGUGAUAUUUUUGUAUAUACUGUAAGUCCCACUUAUUUUCAUAUACAUUUAAAUGGAUUCCUUUGUAACCGAACGAAGCGUACUGUUGGUCCUAGGGUGAAGUUCUGUGUUUCAGAGUCUGUGCACCUAAACUCAAGCUAUCGCGUGAUGUAACCACAUCUUUUGAAUUAAUAUAACGAAAAAUAUGAUUGCAACGCGCAAUGGUUAUUAACUAAUCAUAAUACAUAGGUACUUAUGUAAAUAUUGAGGAUUACUACUAAUUACGAAUUAGGAACACUUAUUAAUAAAAUAUAGGCAACAAUAACGAGCGAUUAACAUUAUAAAAUCCAUUAAAUCGAAGGGUACUAAAGUAUGUUAGGUGUAUAUAAUUAUUAUGUCAUUGGAUGCUAUUUAUUGACUAUCGUUUGCGGAGUGUUCAUCUUUUAUGUAUACUUAAGUACAUAUCAUGAAUUGUAUGAUUUCGUUAAGCAACGAUCCUUGUAUUUUAAGAUUCGACUUGUGUGCAAGUGAAUAAAGUAAUUUUAUUUUGUAAAAUGUAAAAAGGAACCGUGAUUGUAUAUUCUGAUUCGAUAGUUGUUAAUUUGUGACGAUUUUCACAUGCAUUUUGUACGUCCAAUUUAAUAUCGAUUCAAUUUUGUGUACUUACACUUUUUUUUCUUUCAUUUAAUGUAAAUCGAUUUUAACGCAAGUCGAUAGCUUGCCGAUUGCUUUGCUAAUGAAACUUGAUGGUUAUAAACCUCGUCAAUUUUGGGUUUUAUUAUUUGAUAUUAUUUUUAACCAAAGCGUCUUCACAAAACGAUUAAUGCCACCACUUGUUACACUGCGACACUUUUUAAUAGUUUUAAAUUGUAUUUUACCAAAGGUGGGCUAGGAAUUCCUAAUUAGGAGUGAGUAAUGAAAAUCUUCGUCACAUUUUUCUCUGUUACUACAUAUAAUUAUUUCCUUUAUUACCUUAAAUUUAUUUCUUUAAAGUCUUGUUAUUGUUACAUAUUUAAAUCAGUUUUAUGAUAACGCAUGUUCUUAGCACAACUUUGGUGAACUAGCAACUGUAAUCUACAUUUAUUUUUACCCAGCUUCUUUUAAUGGUAAAGAUUGAAGACAAUAAAGGAAGAUUUAUACUUAUUAUUAAUGAAUAUCGAAGUGUCGACUUGAAACUAUAAUAUUAACAUGUUAGAAGUAUGCUACGAUGUAAAGUCCGGUGAGCUGCAGAAACAGAACAAAUGAACCCAAAUACGAGCUAUAUGCUGUCUUAAAACUUGGCAAAUUUGUUCUGUAUUGUACCUCUCAGUGUUAUUGACGAAGUUUGAUAUGGCAUAAAUCUUCUGCUCACAUUUUCUUUUUGGUUAGGGGUAAGGUUAACCUAUAACAGUCUUGGAGACGCAGAAAAUAAGACAUAUUAUGCCUUAUCAACAUUCGUGAAUAGCCCCGCUUGUCGGAGAGUAAUUUGCCUAUUUGAAACUUGUAAACGUUCUCUUGUAUUCGGAUACAUGCACUGAUGAUAUCGACAAAACCCGCUUUUGAUGUGAAAUACGUCCGUCCAAAGCCGAAUUAGCAAUACCCUCUUGCCUUGAAUCUUAAGCUGAAUAUUUGCUAAUUCAUAAAAAAAAAUUAGUUACAUCACGUUUCUUUUAAAUUGCAAGUUUAACAUUUUAAUUUCCCGCCAUUCUUGGUAACAUCAGUGUAGGUAAAUUCGAAUACAUCAUUCGUUUUAUUUACAUUAAAAAAGUAUGGAUAAAUAAAGAGUUUGGAUUGUAACAUGAUGAUUAUGAAAAUAUAUAUAAUUUCCUGUUAAUUCAUCGAAAUGACUUGGCGUGUAUCAUUUCACGUAAAGUAUGUCAUAACCAUUAUAUCAUGUAAUCGUAGGAUCGAAAAGGUACUGUGAUCAGUAACUACCAUUGAAUUUUGGAACACAAUAGGGUAUUUUCCUGGCACAUUAAUAAAAUUUCAAGAUUGGAUCGUGAUUCGUUUUAUGGUUAUAAUGUUAUAAUUAUUCUUAACUAUUCUAUAUGGAAACCAGGAUGAUAAUAGCUAUAAAAUUUACUGAUAUUGUAAACAUUCAUAACAGUUGAAAUUUUACUAUUAAAAAAAUAAUAAUAUGCAGGGUUAACAACCUAGCUAAGAUAAUAAACAACAAGAUUUGUUCUACAAGUGUUAGCAUACAUAACUCAAUAAUAGAAAUUAUUUUUACAGGGUUUUAUUUGUACUCUUGUGACAUUUGUAAAUCUAUGUUCAAAUAAGGACGUGAACAUGUUCAGUUCAGCCCUACUGCUGGCUAGGUCAAAUGCAAGCAAUAUUGUGAGACAUUUUAUAAAUAAUUAAAAUAAUUCUGUAUAUAUAAAUUGGUCUGUCUCAUGGAAACUGCCCUAUUGAUGUUAAUUUUGGAGCACAAUCGGCGAUAAAAUAGGUAUUCCUGUGUAUUGGGUGCAUUUGUUAGUACGUGCUAACGUAAGAGAUAGAAUACUUAUAGGUAGGUACUUUCAACAGUACAAAAUGUGUAGAGUAACAAUAUAAUUUAAUUAUCUACUAUAACAGAUGGGUUCAAUAAACUAUUCCGUUCCCAAUUUAA